ACACGCCCACCCAACCAGGAAGUCGUUUCGAAGUUGCACAGCGAUUUCAGGCGAAACGAAACUACGCGAAAACCUGUGAAGCGUUACACAGCACAAACGGAGAAUGGCAGAAGCGGCUCCAAAUAACCACGAACUUUUUACAUGUUCGAUUUGUUUGGAUCUUCUUAGGGAUCCAGUGACUACUAAUUGUGGACACAGUUACUGUAUGGGCUGCAUUACGAGCUGCUGGGAUCAGGAAGAUCAGAAGGGAGUCUACAGCUGCCCCCAGUGCAGACAGACUUUCACCCCAAGACCCGUUUUAAGCAAAAAUAAUAUUUUUGCUGAGCUGGUGGAACAGAUCAAGAAGACCAGGAUCCAAGCUGCUGCUCCUGUUCCAUGUAAUGCUGGACCUGGAGAUGUGGAGUGUGACGUCUGCACUGGGACAAAACGCAAAGCUGUGAAGUCCUGUCUGGAAUGUCUGGUUUCAUACUGUGAAACUCACUACAAAGUUCACAAUGACAUAAACCCUGGGCGAAAACACAAGGUGGUUGAUGCCACAGGCCAGCUACAGGAGAGGAUCUGCACCCAACAUGAGAAGCCUCUGGAGAUAUUUUGUCGUACGGAUCUAAGUUGUGUUUGUUUGCUCUGUCUGGUGGAUGAACACAAAGGCCAUGACACUGUGUCAGCCUCUGCAGGGAGGAGAGAGAAACAGACACACUUGGGGGAGACCCAGAAUAAAAUCCAGCAGAGAAUCCAGGAGAGAGAGAAGGAGCUGCAGGAGCUGAGGAAGGCUUUGGAGACUCUCAAGAGCUCUGCACAGACAGCAGUGGAGGACAGUGAGAGGAUCUUUACUGAGAUGAUUCGCUCCAUUGAGAGAAGGCGCUCUGAGGUGGAAGAGCUGAUCAGAGCUCAGGAGAAAGCUGAGGUGAGUCAGGCUGAAGGACUCCUGAAGCGACUGGAGCAGGAGAUUGCUGAGCUGAAGAGGAGAGAUGCUGAGCUGGAGCAGCUUUCACACACAGAGGAUCACAUCCAUUUCCUCAAGACUUUCCAGUCAGUCAGUGAGAUACCUGACUCUAAAGACUUAUCCUGCAUCUCUGUGAACCAAGGCCUCUCCUUUGAGGCUGUGAAGAAAUCUGUCUCCUCACUAAAGACGCAGCUAGAGAAUUUCUGCAAGGAGGAAGUCAUGAAGAUAUCUGCAUCAGUGACUGAAGUCCAGGCUAUUUUGCCUCCUGAACCUACAACCAGAGAGGAUUUCCUACAAUACUCCUGUCACUUCACACUGGAUCCAAACACAGCACAGAGAGACCUCCAUCUGUCUGAGGGGAACAGGAGGGUGGAGCUGAGAGAUGAGGUGCAGUCAUAUCCUGAUCAUCCAGAGAGAUUUGAUGAGUGGGGUCAGGUGCUGUGUAGAGAGGGUGUGUCUGGACGCUGCUACUGGGAGGUUGAGAGGAGUGGGGAUGUUUAUAUAUCAGUCUCAUAUAAAAGCAUCAGCAGGAGAGGAGAGGGUGAUGAGUGUGGGUUUGGAUAUAAUGAUCAGUCCUGGAGUCUGAACCUCUACAUCUUUGGCUCCUAUUUCAGACACAAUAAUAAAGACACUAAUCUCCCUCUAGUGCGCAGCUCCAGAAUAGGAGUGUAUGUGGAUCACAGGGCAGGAACUCUGGCCUUCUACAGCAUCUCUGACACAAUGACCCUCCUGCACAGAGUCCAGACCACAUUCACUGACACACUCUACCCUGGGUUUAGGUUUUUGGGUUCUCGAUCAUCAGUGAAACUGUUGUAACUGAGAUGUACAGAUGCUGAAUCCAGACCACAUUCACCCAGCCUCUCUACCCUGGGUUUAGGGUUAGACAUUAGAUCACCAGUAAAGCUGUUGUGACUCUGGGGUGGAGCGCUGGGGUGACCCCACGUAUUGGCAGGUGUACCGCACUGGUGUGGUGGUGGUCUGGGAAGAAAACUAUGACAUCUGAGGCCCAACUUAGAAUGUAUUUACAACCCUAAAAUGGGAUGAUGAAUAAAAUGCAAAUAAAAACAGAAAAUGUGUUAAAUUACCUUUUUUUGUUUUAGAUUACCCUGAUUACAGUUUUACUCGAUAGAUUACACACUAUAACUGGGCCUGUUAACUAAACAUCCCAAACCAUGAUGCCAUCUAACCAUCAUUAACCAAAGUCAUCACAGCUCAAACCAACUAACCCACAAUUCCCCAGCUGGAAACACGAAGAGUCAAAAGUGGUCACACACCAUUCAGAACCUCAGGAUAGGUAGAUUAAUGGGCCAAUCAGAACUUCAGGAUAGGUAGAUUAAUGGGCCAUGGGCCAAUCAGAACCUCAGGAUAGGUAGAUUAAUGGGCCAUGGGCCAAUCAGAACCUCAGGAUGGGUAGAUUAAUGGGCCAUGGGCCAAUCAGAACCUCAGGAUAGGUAGAUUAAAGGGCCAUGGGUCACAUCACUUGUGUUGAAACAAUGGUUCCACAAAGACCACAAAGUACAAACUGUUUUGUUUUUUUCAUUGGUUUAUAUUGGUAAACACAUGGAAAUGAUUGUACUGUAUUCAAUGUGCUUUACAUAUCAGUUGCAUAUUCUUAUAGUACAUUUAUUUUUUUUUCUAAAUUUCAGUUUAUUUUACUACAGUACAUUGAGGAAUUAAACUUCUGAAAAUGUCUACAUGUGUUGUGUCUUUAUAUUGUGUUCAUCAUGUGGAGAGGUUGUUCUGGGGGGAAACCAUAAGUGCCAUCACUCAUUGCAGUAACAGGUUCUUACAGGAGUGUUUUGAGUUUAUCUCACCAGAGUGUACUGGUUACUCUGUAGUGUAUGUGUAUCUGAUGGCUUUUGGGUGAUGUCUGAAGACAACGUUUGGUUUAGAUUAGGGCAGCCAAGCAAAUAAAUUACUUUCUUUGUAUUA